AUGAAUAAUGAAACUACAAUUGAAUUUGCAAAAAAAGCUCGAGAAGCAGCAACUAAACUUCAAUAUGUCUCAAUUGAAGAAAAAAGUAUUGCGCUAAAUAAAAUUAAAGAAAAAAUAUUUGAACAUAAACAAGAAAUUUUCGAAUCUAAUGAACAUGACAAACUAAAUGCAGCAGAACUUGUAAAGACUGGUGCACUUCCACAGUCAUUAGUUAAACGUUUAGAUAUCACAAGUGGAGAUAAGUUUAUUACUAUGUUACAAGGAGUAUCUGAUAUUGAUAAAUUGCCUGAUCCAACCGGACAAAUCACAUAUUCCAGUAAACUUGACGAAGGAUUAGAAUUGUAUCGAGUAACUUGUCCUGUUGGAGUUUUAUUGGUGAUAUUUGAAGCAAGACCCGAAGUUAUUGUUAAUAUUUCAGCAUUAUCAAUAAAAUCAGGCAAUGCUGUGAUAUUAAAAGGAGGAAAAGAAUCAAUUGCUACAUUAAAUGCGCUGUAUUCAUCAAUUAAAUUAGCUUUAUCAGAAACAGCAAUUCCACAAAGUGUCAUUCAACUUGUUGAAACGCGAGAAGAAAUUAAAGCAUUAUUAGAUUUAGAUAGAUAUAUCGAUUUGGUGAUUCCACGUGGAAGUAACAGUUUAGUGAGAUAUAUACAAGAGAAUACAAGGAUUCCUGUUUUAGGACAUGCUGAUGGAUUAUGCACUGUGUAUGUUGAUAAAGAUUCAGACCUUAAGAAAGCAAUACGUGUUGUCAUUGAUUCCAAAAUAAAUUAUCCUGCAGCUUGUAAUGCAGCCGAAACUCUUUUGAUACACCGUGGAAUUCUUUCUACACAUCUUCAACCUAUAAUAAAUGCGUUAUUGGAAGCUAAUGUUAAAUUACAUCUUGAUCAUGAACUAUUACCAUAUGUCUCACACAUCAACAACAACUCAUUGAUAGAAGUGAGUGUACCAGAGGAUUUUGACACUGAAUUUUUGAAUCUUGAAAUUGCCGUUAAAGUUGUAAAUGGAUUGGAAGAAGCAAUCCAACACAUCAAUAUACAUGGUAGCAAACAUACUGAUUCAAUAGUCACAGAAAAUGAGACGGCAGCAAAAAAAUUCAUGCAAGGUGUUGAUUCGGCUGGUGUUUAUUGGAAUGCCAGUACAAGGUUUGCCGAUGGAUUUAGAUACGGGUUUGGCGCAGAAGUUGGAGUAAGUACAAACAAGACGCAUGCACGUGGACCAGUUGGACUUGAAGGUUUGGUAAUAUACAAGUAUAAAUUGUGUGGUAAUGGACAUAUUGUAGGAGAAUUUGACAAAUUAUCAGCAGAAUCUUCUUCCAAUAAUCAUAACAAUAAUGAUAAGAGUGGCGAAUAUUUAACGCAAAGAGAUUUUGAUGGUUACGAUAAAAUGAUUAAAGAAUUAGAUGAAAUUUUUAAUGUUGCAAAGUCAAAAGAUGUUCGUAUAUUGAUAGACGCUGAACAAAGUUAUUUCCAAGCAGCAAUUGAUUCCAUAGCAAUGAAAUUUUCCAAGAUAUUCAAUUAUUAUGGCAACUAUAAUAAAAAUAGCGACGGUGAAAAAUAUUCAGGACCAAUUGUUUUCAAUACUUAUCAAAUGUACACAAAAGAUUCAAAGAAACGGCUAACACGUGAUUACGGAUUAUCAAUUAGAGAGAAAUUCACAUUUGCAUUGAAACUUGUACGUGGUGCGUACAUGGUUAGUGAACGCGAACUAGCCAAAAAACUCGGGAAUCCUGAUCCAAUUCACAAUACAUUACAAGAUACUCAUAAUUCAUAUAAUACAGGAACAAAUAGUCCAAUUGUAUUUAUGGUUGCUUCGCAUAAUAAAGAAUCAAUUGUGAAUUCAUUUAAACAAAUGGAAUUACUAAAUAUUUCACCAAAAUCUGGAAUAGAAUGCGCGAUCAAAUCUCAUAUACAUUGGGAAAACAUGGGUAUGGAAUUUAUAAAUUUGUUCUAUACGGAAAGAGCUCAAGAAAAUUCCUCGGCUUUAGAAUCUGUAAAACCUGAACAAGAAUAUCUAAAAAAAGAGAUUUUCAACAGAAUAUUUUCAUCGUAA